AUGAUUGAUGGGUUGUCUAUGGAGGUUGGAGAUGGAAGAGAUACUCGUUUCUGGGAGGAUGUCUGGCUACUUGGAGGGUUGUUGAAAGAUCGAUUUCCUAGACUUUGCUCUGUUUCAAACCAAGUAGGAUCAGUGAUAGGGGAUUGUGGGUUUUGGGAUGGGUUAGAGUGGAUAUGGAACUUCCAAUGGCGACGACAGUUGUUCCAAUGGGAGUUGGAUCUUGUGAACCAGCUACUUGAUGAGUUAAGGCUGGUAAUGCAGGCGGAAAUAGUCCCGGAGGAGAUCACAAGCUAUAGCUUUACAAGUACUAUCUGGAAAGGACUUGUGCCACCAAGAGUGGAGGUGUUUGUUUGGUUUGCAUUGACUGGCAGAAUCAGUACGAAGGAGAGAUUGAGUCGACUUGGAGUCAUUAACCAACAAGAUACCUUAUGUGUUUGGUGUGCAUGGCUAUCAUAUGCUGGUAGAUUAUGGUCUUGUCCGGGUUCGUUGAAGGAACAUUUCCUAAAUUGGACUGAGGUCACAGCUAGAAAGGCGGAUCGCAAGGCAUGGAUGGUGAGCUUCUGCGCGAUUAUCUGGAACUUGUGGUUGGAAAGAAAUAGAAGACUAUUUCAGAACAAGAGUAAAGGAGUGGAGGAGAUUGUUGACAUGUACUCUCUGAGCUACAAGGAGUGGAUAGGAAAUGACUGGUUUUGGUAUGCUCCAACAGCUGUGUGUUACUUAAUUGUUGCUGAUGUUUGUUCUAUAGUUGGUAGAUCUGGCUGCAACUUGCUUCUUACUGUUCACAAAGGACAUCUCAAAAGCUAUACUGGAAUAAGUGUUCUCUUCUAG